CAGGGUUCUGCCUCUCUUUCCUUUGCAGAGAGGAGGGGAAGAAAACAGAGGAGGCCGCUGGCUUCGGAGCGCGCUGGGCCUUGCCCAGUCGGCUGCCUCUCUCUCGAGUCUCCCCGUGACCGUCGGAGUAGAAGAAUACAUGUUCACUUUCAGCAUAGAAGAGCAUGUUCCCAAAUUCUUCCAACUUGGGUCGUCCACCCUUUCCACUAGAACGGCAACAGUACAACUUCUUCAUUAAUCUUCCAGUGAACGUACCUCCUGUUCUCUUUCACCAGCAGUUCCAGAGUACAACGACUCUGGUGAGUGGCAAUCUUCCAAACAUCCCACCAGUUUCGCCACCACCCUUUGCCUAUAGAAAUGGCAGCCCAGUGCAUGCAUCAGCUGCACCUGCUUCAUUCCGAGGCAGAAAGAGGCUAAAAGAACAGUGUGUCCCUUAUGAAGUAAAGCGCCAGCGAUUUCAUUCACCUCACCGUGAAUCCGCUUCAGCUAACCAACUAGUGCCUUUACCUGAAGAUCACAGGCGUUCUUUCCCUGGAUCAAUUUCUUCGCCAUUAUUUCGGGCACAUUACAUCUCUGAUUUGACGGGAUGUGUGCCCCCCUUACAAGAAACUUCAUUUCCUGACCCUGCUGAAAUUGCACUCCCUGUGGCCAAAGAUAAGCUAAGUCAGCAAGUACUGGAGUUAUUUCAAGCGUGUCAACAACAAAUCUAUGACUUGAACAAAAAAGAGCUUUGUCGAACACAACUCCAAAGGGAAAUUCAGCAGAUCUUUCCAAACAGUAGAUUAUUUUUGGUUGGAUCCUCGCUAAAUGGAUUUGGUACUCGUAGCAGUGAUGGUGACUUGUGCCUAGUGGUUAAAGAGGAACCAAUGAAUCAGAAGACUGAAGCAAGACACAUACUUGGCUUACUCCAAAGACACUUCUGUAGGAAGCUUUCGAACUACAUUGAGAGACCUCAACUGAUUCGAGCAAAAGUGCCAAUAGUGAAGUUCAGGGACAAAGUCAGCUGUGUGGAGUUUGACUUGAAUGUAAACAAUGUUGUAGGAAUAAGAAAUACAUUCCUUCUGCGAACCUAUGCAUACAUUGAGAGUCGAGUGCGUCCAUUAGUGCUGGUUGUAAAGAAGUGGGCAAGCUUUCGUGGCAUAAAUGAUGCCAGUCGAGGCACUUUAAGCAGCUAUAGUCUUGUGUUGAUGGUUUUGCACUAUUUACAAACCCUACCUGAACCUAUCCUUCCAUCCCUCCAAAAAAAUUACCCAGAAUCUUUUGAUCCUACUAUGCAGCUGCACCUUGUGCAUCAAGCCCCAUGCACCAUUCCUCCUUACCAUUCAAAAAAUGAAUCAACACUUGGAGACCUGUUGCUGGGCUUCCUUAAAUACUAUGCUACAGAGUUUGAUUGGAGCAGUCAAAUGAUUUCAGUUCGUGAAGCCAAAGCCAUUCCAAGACCUGAUGGUAUUGAAUGGAGGAACAAGUUCAUUUGUGUAGAAGAACCUUUUGAUCGAACAAACACUGCUAGAGCAGUACAUGAAAAACAGAAGUUUGACAUUAUCAUAGAUGAAUUUCGGAAGUCAUGGCAGAGACUGAGAGACAGGAGGGACUUGAACUGCAUACUACCUUUAAGAGCAACUAUACAGAAAAGAUAAUUGGCUUCUCUCUCCUUAAGUGGACCCUUCUGAAAUAUAAUAUACAAAGGACGUUAUCAAAACCCCAGGAUGCAGAUUUUCUCCUUUCCCCAUUGCACUUUUUUUUUUAAGAGGAGAGUUUUCUUUCAGAUUUUUGUUAAGGAAAAUUUUGUAAAAACUGAAAAGAAAAAAAAAGGCUAUCUUUAUGAAACUUAUUAAAACCAUUUGAAGACUGGCUUUCUGAAACAGAUUGAAUCAGUGACCAAUAAAAAGACUGCUGUAAUACAAAAUUUUGCAAAUCUGUUGGGAGUGAUUUAUUGUUAACAUAUAGUGGUUGACUCAGCCACACUGAAUAUUGAAAUGUAAAGAUGAAGAGUUUUGUAAUGUACGAUAGCCAGGCUGUGACCUUAAAGAAUAGCGUAUGGUGCACAUUUCCUUCGGAGUAAGUAGUCCCUGCUUUACAACUGCUAAAUGCAGUCUGCACUUUGGCUCUUUUUGGCUCUUUCCAGUUUUUAAUAGACUUAUAACAAACAGCAACUUUAUAGCAAAAUAAUAACUUGACUCCUAAAUAAGGCUGUUGAUUUGUCCUCAUUCUUAAUGAAUUGGUAAACUUGUGCCUGGGCUGUACCCCUUUAGAAUAUUCAUCUGUAUGACACAGUUCCCUCCACAUGUAAAAAGAUGUCAAAAAGAAAGCUAGACAGGAACCUCUUUGUCUGAUACCUAGUUUUCUAUGACGAUGGAUUUUUUGGUAGGAUAAUUCAGUUGCGUGAGAUCCCACCUUCAGUCUAAAGUAGCACAACUUGGACACAGGUUUGCCAUCCUACUGAGAACUUCUGAAUACUGGGAAUUGUAAUCUUAACUGGAAUUUUUACGCAGCAGAGCUACUACAAGGAAGGCACUUGGAUAAUCUAUGUUAGGCUUGUAACAUGCAGCCUAUCAGCCAUUUAUGGUAACCCAUCAGGGGUUUGAUAAACCUGUGUGUUCUGCCCUCCUAGGGCUCCAAAAAACAACAACCCAGGAUGUUAGGCACUUUGCAUGCCACAUAAGGCGUGGCUGAUGGGCUGUGUUCAGCUUGAAGCACAGGCAUGGCAGACCUGGUUGAUUGGCAAACUACUCUCUGGAGUGUGUGCUUAAUACUCAUUUCUGACCAGUGGCAGCUUUGAACAGUACGUUAAAGCAAGUGGAAAGGAAGCCCAAGCAAGAGUUCUCAUUCCUCUUAACUGUACUUCCAGUGUACUGUUUGAAAAUAAACUUGGCAAAGGUGGUACUGAUGCUUGUACAUCCUCCAAUGUUCCUGUCGCAGAGUAGGUGUAAGGAAAUGUAACUCCUUUGCAUUUCCUCACACCCCUCUGCUUUGUUGUAAGAUGUGGUCCCACCCUGGGUGAGGCCAUUUCCUACAGUUUCUUUUCCUUACAGAUAAAGUAGUAGUGAUGACUGCUAAAAAUAGCUGCUACAGUAAGCCAAGUUUUUUUUUAAUUUCUGUUCCUUUUGUGUGUGUAAAUAUUUGUAAAUUGGUCAGCUGCUAAUAUAAAUUGGGAUUUUAAAAAUCUUAAAUUUUAACUUUUUUUUCAAGAAGUAUGAGACUUCAUUUAGAUCUGCUGUAGCACACUUUGUGCCUCAUAUUUAUUGCAGACCGAGACAUAUGUUAACAGAUGUUAUUUUUCACUGAUGUCAAACUCAUCUUUUCUCUUUAAGUUUAAUAUUUUUAUUGUGUUAAGUGGAAUAAAGUUUCUGUAUUGAAAUAAAA